AACCAAACCAAACCCCCGCCCGCGAAUCUAAAGCCGAACCAACCAACGGGGAGGGGAGGGGAGGGGAAGGGCACGGCGGGGGGCAUGGAGUUCCUGCACGGGCAGAGGCUGGAGACCACGGUGGCCAUCGCGGUGGCCGUCGUCGCCGUCGCCGCGGGGGCCGCCUACCUCUUCCUCCGCAGCAGGAAGACCAGGGGCUGCCUGGACCCCGAGAACUUCAAGGAGUUUAAACUUGUUGAGAAGAGGCAACUGAGUCAUAAUGUUGCCAAGUUCAAGUUUGCACUCCCGACACCUACUUCUGCAUUGGGUCUUCCAAUCGGACAACAUAUAAGCUGCAGAGGACAGGAUGCUGCUGGUGAGGAAGUGAUCAAGCCUUAUACUCCAACUACUCUGGACUCUGAUCUUGGAUCCUUUGAGCUUGUUAUAAAGAUGUAUCCCCAAGGAAGAAUGUCUCAUCAUUUCCGUGAGAUGAAAGUUGGUGAUUAUAUGUCUGUGAAGGGACCUAAGGGUCGUUUCAAGUACCUACCUGGACAAGUGAGAGCAUUUGGAAUGAUAGCUGGAGGAUCAGGCAUUACUCCAAUGUUCCAAGUCACAAGGGCAAUUCUUGAGAACCCAAAAGACAAUACGAAAGUACACUUAAUCUAUGCAAAUGUCACAUAUGAUGAUAUUCUUCUGAAGGAAGAACUUGACAGUAUGGCCAAAAACUAUCCCGAUCGCUUCAAGAUCUACUAUGUCUUGAAUCAGCCUCCCGAAGUCUGGGACGGUGGUGUCGGGUUCGUCUCAAAGGAAAUGAUCCAAACUCAUUGUCCAGUGCCCGCUGCCGACAUUCAGGUAUUGCGAUGUGGCCCUCCUCCCAUGAACAAAGCCAUGGCUGCACACCUGGACGAUCUCGGUUACACGAAGGAGAUGCAGUUCCAGUUCUAAGCAUUCUCUCUACCAAUACCAAAAUAAGCGGCGAUGGGACAGGUUUCUUUGCCUCUUUGAGACUUUGAGUAGACGAAGCCUGAUCCUGUCGCCAUAUAGCUCCAAACAGACGAAGUAUGCCGUUCAGAGCAUCGUACCUGGAUGAAAGCAGGAGUACCGCGAGUACCUACCUAAUCUGUAUUGGUGUCGGGACAUUAUUGUACCAUGCCAUUUUUCGUGUCGUCGCAAUCGCUGCUCCAAUGAAGACAUGUUAUUUUUGUUUUCUGGCAUCGCCAUUUUUUUGCCUCAUAUCUGCAAUGUUACCAGUGGUUACACUGCACCCUCUCCCCCCAACACAAUCGUUUGUCACUCCGAGCCGGCACACGGUGCCAACUUGCGUCAUUCUGACGCGUCAUACAAAUACAAAAACUGUGCAUGUGCA